ACUCCACCAUGGGAUGCUGUAACAGGAGGUGCGGGCUGAUAGCCGGAGCUGUGUUUGGGGCGGUGGUAGCCAUCCUGGGAGGUGCCCUCAUCCCACUGGGGAAGAGCGUCAUUGAGGAGACAGUGGAGAAGGAAGUCGUUAUUGAGCCUGGAACGACAGCUUAUGACAACUUUGUGAGUACAGGGGCAAAAGUGUACAGGCAGUUCUGGUUCUUUGACGUGCAAAACGCCCAGGAGGUUUUGCAGACUGGAGUGAGUCCAGUGGUGGUGGAGAAAGGACCUUACACAUACAGGACAAGAUAUCUUCCCAAAGAGAACAUCACAUUCGACCCCAAUCAAACUGUCUCCUUCAUGCUGCCUAUGGGUGCCAUCUUUGAGCCAUCCAUGUCAGUGGGACCAGAGGAAGACAAAGUCACCUCCCUCAACUUAGCUGUGGCUGGAGCUUAUUCAAAAGUUCCAAAAGUGGUUCAUAUGGUGCUGGAGAAGCUGAUAAAGGCCACCAACUCCUCCUUGUUCCAGAGCCGAACAGUCAACGAAAUGCUCUGGGGUUACCACGACCCCUUGUUGAAAGGAACCAUCGGCCUAUUUUCACCUUACAAUGGUACAUUCGAUGGCAAAUACAAUGUGUUCAAUGGAAAGGACGACAUCUCAAAAGUGGGAAUGAUUAACAAGUGGCAAGGAAAGAGGACGUUAAAUUUCUGGAACGACACAUAUUGUGACAUGAUCAACGGCACAGAUGCUUCUUCAUUUCCUCCUUUUUUGGACAAGAAGAAGCCUCUGUAUUUCUUCUCAUCAGACAUCUGCAGGUCUGUGUCAGCUAGCUAUGAGCAGAGUUUGAAUCUGAAAGGGAUUGAAGUGUACCGCUACACCCUCCAGCCAAACACCAUGGCCUCCCCUACUGUCAACCCAGACAACCAUUGUUUCUGCAAAGACAAAGAGUCCACCAAGAAUUGUACCUUGGCUGGAGUUCUGGACAUCAGUGCCUGUAAAGACGACAAUCCUAUCUACAUCUCUCUGGCCCACUUCCUCCAUGGCAGUGAGUCCCUAUAUGAUAGCGUGAAGGGCCUCAAUCCCAGCAAGGAGCACCAUGUCACCUACUUGGAUGUGGAACCCACAACCGGAUUCACCUUGAGGUUUGCCAAGAAAAUUCAAGUGAAUAUGAUGUACGGACCAUCAAAGGUCAUCACGGUGUUUAAGAAAGUCAAGGAUUACACCAUAUUCCCUGUCGUUUGGAUGAAUGAGACGGCUACGUUGGAUGACGAAACAGCAGACAUGUUGAAGAAGGAGCUCAUCUCCCGUAUCGAGAUGUUGGACACAAUUCAGAAGGCGCUGCUGGGCACCGGUGUGGUCAUCUUUGCCCUGUGUCUCAUUUCCUACUGCAUGGUGAGGAGGAAACAAAGCCUUAUCGUGUGAAUGAAUCACGUAAAAGUGUCUUUUGUGUGUGAGUUGCAGAGCAAAGUACAUUUAAGCUGCUACGGGACAUCAAACCUUUUGAUAUAGACUUGCACUUUUUUGUAAUUUCAGUGUUAUUUGUAAUGUCAUACUUCCUUUGAUACCAAGGGAUAUACUGUGAUUUUGUAACGCUCAAGAGCUUUGCUAAGUAUAAUUUCAAUUGCAACAAACACUGUAACAUUAACUCAAUCAGGGAUCUUUCGAGGGAGGCGGAGACUCCUUUUAAGAGGAGAUAUGGGUUUGUUAAGACAUCCUAGACAAGAAAUGUACAUGACUCUAAUCUUGCACAAAUGUUCGUCUCCUUUGCUGAACUAGUCUCUUCAAAAUGAAUAAAAGCUGAAAAGGAUUUUCUCAUUGGGUGUUCUAUAUUCCUUGUAUUGGAGUUUUCUUACCCGGCAACACUCUAUCAAAAUUGGUCCACAUCCCCCUCGGCCCAAAAU